AUGAAAAGUGGUUUAACGCGCAAUGACAUGUUAGCUGCGAUCACCAAUCGCAUUCACGUAGAAGCGAUGGCAUCCCUACCUCCAAACGUGCGUAAGCGCAUCCGUGCGCUGCGUACACUGCAGAAGGAGUUCGUCGACAUCGAGGCCAAGUUCUAUAGUGAGGUUCACGCCCUCGAAUGCAAAUACGAGAAGCUCUACAAGCCGCUUUUUGAAAAGCGUGCACAAAUCGUAAACGGAGGUUACGAGCCGACUGACGAGGAAUCUGUGAAUCCUUGGCGUGAUGAGACUGAAGAGGAGGAAUUGGCACGCGCUGUGCAAAAUGCUGCUAUUGUAGAAGGGACGGAAGAAAAGAAACCAGAAGAAAAGCCACAGGAGCCUCCUAUGGACCCUAAUGUGAAGGGUAUCCCAGACUUCUGGUACACCAUAUUUAAGAAUGUUUCAAUGCUCUGUGAAAUGAUGCAGGAACAUGAUGAGCCUAUUCUUAAAUGCCUGCAGGAUAUUAAAGUGCAAAUGCAUGAAGAUCCCAUUGGCUUUACAUUGGAAUUCCACUUCUCGCCUAAUGACUACUUUACAAAUACAAUCCUCACUAAGGAGUACUCCAUGAAAUGUAAGCCAGAUGAAGAUAGCCCACUAGAGUUUGAGGGACCCGAGAUUUAUUCUUGCAAGGGAUGCGAGAUCAACUGGAAAAAAGGCAAGAAUGUAACAGUGAAGACGAUAAAGAAGAAGCAAAAGCACAAGUCCCGUGGCUCAGUACGCACUGUCACCAAGUCGGUUCAGGCUGACUCAUUCUUCAACUUCUUCUCGCCCCCCACCAUGCCUGAUGACCCUAACUCCACCCUCGCCUCGGAUAUUCAAGCGCUGCUAACAGCAGACUUUGAGAUCGGCCACUACAUUCGCGAGCGAGUAGUGUCUCGCGCUGUCCUCCUGUACACCGGCGAGGGACUUGACGACGACGACGAUGAUGAUUAUGAGGAAGAGGAGGAGGAGGAAUGUUCCACGGAAGAGAGUGAAGACGAGGAGCCGACGAUGAGGAGACGCGGCAAGCGACCACUGAAAGGGGCCCCACAGGACAACCCCGCCGAGUGCAAGCAACAGUAA